ACCAACUGUAGCCCUUCCACAGACCCAACUCCCCCCUCCCUCACUCUUAACCCUUCUUCCCUGCACUAGUCGUCAAAAGAGGAAACCACCCAUAGUUUCUCCUGCUUUCUACAAAAAGACCCAGUAAAAGCCAAAAAAAGGAUAAAAGAAGAGUCGGUUAUACACAAAUAAAUCACACCUCUUCAGAGACAAAAAAAGAAGAUUGAGAGUGUAUCAUAGUACUCUGUAAUCAUUUAUUAAUUAAUGGCAGAUUUUGUGUACGGAAAUUGUUUUGCAUGGCGGUUUUGUUCAUCAUCGUCUAAGAAACUUUUGUUGUUCAUAGUUCCACUGAUUGUAAUUUCUGGGUUUUUUGGUCCAAGAAACUCCAACUGGGUUUCUUUGUCUGGUUUGCAGAGUACUCGUCCAUGGCUAUGGGGAUACUCUGUUUCUUCUAAUUCUUCUUCUUCUUCUUCAUCUUCUAAUGAUCAUCUUGAUGUGAAAUUAUUGAGUACUAAGCAUGCCGAUGAGAGGAAAACUAUGGCGGAUUCAAAUGUCGUAAUGGGUGUUCAAGAUAAGGAAGAAUCUCUCUCUAAUGACUCUGUCCUUAACAGCUCUGUUUCUCCAUCUCUUCCUGUAGAAGCUGUUCAUGCUCAAGAACCUCAGAAUGAAAAUGAUGUGGAAUUUGGCCUCAACAUUUCACUAUUGAAGGAACCCCAGAGUUCACAUUCCAUGAAUGAAUCUGUUGAUCCUCCCAUGAAAGCUAGAGAGCCAAAAGUGUAUACGAAUUUAGAGAGGCUUGAAUCCGGUCUCCAGAAGGCUCGUGCUGCAAUACGAGAUGCUAGAAAUGGAAACCAGACAACACCAGACCAUGAUUAUGUCCCACAAGGUCCAAUGUAUCGGAAUGCAAAUGUGUUUCACAGGAGCUACUCGGAGAUGGAAAAGCAGUUCAAGGUUUAUGUCUACAAGGAAGGAGAGCCUCCGGUGUUCCACAACGGUCCUUGCAAGAGCAUUUACUCCACGGAGGGGUUCUUUAUAAAUAGAAUGGAAGUUGAUAAGCAAUUCAGGACCGAAGAUCCUGAGAAAGCACACGUUUUUUUCCUUCCAUUUAGUGUCACAAUGAUGGUCCGCUUUGUCUACAUACGCGAUACUCACGAUUUCGGUCCCAUUAGAAGAACUGUCAUAGACUAUGUCAAUCUUGUUGCUGGUAGAUACCCAUAUUGGAACCGAAGCCUCGGUGCCGAUCAUUUCAUGCUUUCUUGCCAUGAUUGGGGGCCGGAAGCUUCAUUGUCAGUACCUAAUCUACAGAAAAACUCAAUCCGUGCGCUAUGCAACGCCAACACCUCUGAAAGAUUCAAUCCCAUAAAAGAUGUCUCCUUCCCAGAAAUCAAUCUCCAAACUGGUACAAUAAAGGACAUGAUAGGCGGUCCAUCGCCAUCGCAGCGAUCGAUUUUGGCAUUCUUUGCAGGUGGGGUACAUGGCCCUAUUAGACCAGUACUCUUGGAGCAUUGGGAAGGCAAAGAUGAAGACAUCCAGGUGUUCAAGUACCUUCCAAAGGGCAUAUCUUACUAUGCCAUGAUGAGGAAGACCAAGUUCUGCCUUUGUCCGAGCGGUUACGAGGUUGCAAGCCCGAGAAUCGUGGAGGCAAUUUAUACCGGUUGUGUGCCGGUGCUGAUCUCGGACCACUACACGCCUCCAUUCAGUGAUGUUCUGAACUGGAAGUCAUUCUCUGUCGAGGUAUCGGUAAGCGAUAUACCUAACUUGAAGAGAAUACUAAUGAGGAUUUCUUCGAGGCAGUACAUAAGAAUGCAGCGGCGAGUUGUGCAGGUGAGAAAACAUUUCGAGCUGAAUUAUCCGCCGAAGCGAUUAGAUGUGUUUCACAUGAUUCUUCAUUCAGUUUGGCUCAGAAGAUUGAAUGUAAGAAUUCAGGAUAUGUGAAUACAAAGUGGAUAGAUAGCUGCUUGUUGUCUGAAAAUAAAUGUCCUCCAUUGAAUAUAAUUUGCAUUUAUGUGGUGUUUGUGUAGGUGUGAAGUCUGUAGAGUCUGUGGUUGUAUAUGGCCUCCUAAAGUUGUUAGUUUUAGCCCAAUUUUCUAGCUAAUUGUAGUCUGUCUGAUGUGUUGUUUAUUAAGCAGCUGGCUAAUAAAAUAUCAUCUCCGUAAGUUAAGACUGUUGUAU